CGAACAUCAGUGGCGCGAGACAGGCGCGCGCGCGGGAGUCAGUGCAGCAGAGUUGAUCAGAGACGGACACGAUUAGAACUGAGCUGUUUUCACUUAUUUUAUUAAACCACUUCGUUUGUUUCACCCUUUGAGCUGAAGGACAGUAAGUAUUGCUUUGCAUUCAUGGAGGCCACUGAGGGAUCAUGGGAUGCCUCCUCCGUCUACAUCAUCUCAGAUCUGGUCUCCUGCAUCAACCAGACCAACAGCACCAACUCCAGCACAGCAGGGGGCGACGUCCUGUUCCCUUACUACCAGCACUCUCUGCCGACGGCUGCGCUCUUCACGCUGGCGUAUCUCUUCAUCUUCCUGCUGUGUCUGAUGGGGAACGCUCUGGUCUGUGUGAUAGUCCUGAGGAACCGGCACAUGAGAACCGUCACCAACAUCUUCAUCCUGAAUCUGGCCGUCAGCGACCUGCUGGUCGGGAUCUUCUGCAUUCCCACCACGCUAGUGGACAACCUCAUCACAGGUUGGCCUUUCAGCAACACGAUAUGCAGACUGAGUGGACUUGUGCAAGGGACGUCCGUCUGUGCCUCCGUUUUCACAUUGGUUGCCAUUGCUGUGGACAGGUUUCGCUGCAUCGUUUACCCGUUCAAGCCCAAACUUACGCUCUUUGUGGCAAAGGUGUCUAUAGGGAUGAUAUGGGUGCUGGCUCUCACCAUAAUGUUUCCCUCCGUGUUAAUGUUAACCGUCCAGCAAGAGAAAGGGCACGUCAUGGUUCACAGUGACAACAGCACAUACCCGCUGUACUCCUGCUACGAGACCUGGCCCGACCCGGAGAUGAGGAAGGUGUACACCACCGUCCUGUUCCUGCACGUAUACGUCAUUCCCCUGGCGCUCAUCAUGCUCAUGUACGGCCGGAUCGGAGCAAAGCUGUACGCCACAGCCGUCCUGACCCGAGCCGAGCAGCCCGAUGUCCCCGCGUCUCACAGAAAGAUCCGGGUCAUUAAGAUGCUGAUGGUGGUGGCUGUGCUCUUCAUGCUGUCCUGGCUGCCGCUGUGGACGCUCAUGCUGCUGACCGAUUACGCCCGUCCAGACGAGGACAGUCUGGAGCUCCUCACUAGCUAUGUGUUCCCUCUCUCUCACUGGCUGGCCUUCUCCAAUUCCAGCGUCAACCCUAUUAUCUACGGCUACUUCAACGAGAACUUCAAGAGAGGCUUCCAGGCCGCGUGUCAGCAUCAGGUUUGUUGCUGGAGCCGAGAGAAGACGAGAUUCAGCGUCAAACGACCCAGAGCUGGAAGCCCUUUGAAUACGGCUGCUAGCGGACACCCGCUCAGCUUAGGCUCGAGAACGAACCGGAUCUUCACCGAAAGUGACCUGACGGGAUGUGUUCGUCUGGAGCUGGAGCACCGCAGGAGCUCGAUGGACACCAAGGGCUCUUCAGCCGAAGGGGGAAACAGCAGCACGUCUACAAAAAGAGAAGUUCACUUUGAGAUUGAGAAGGUGUCUUCAGCAGGAGGGAAAAUAUACAGCGCCUGGGAGCUUUGAAACCUCAGGAGACUGAUGGAUGAGCUAGAGACAUUUAUUGGUGCUUGGUAUUUCGGUUCUCAAUUUCUUAGUCACGCUUUAAGCUCUGGAAGCUGCUUCAUGUGGAGCCCUAUGAUUUCUGCAGUGUGGAUGUAAUCAGAAAAUACAGUCAUAAAAACACAAUUUACUGUAUAACGCGGAUUUAUCAAACUUCGAUGAAUUAAUCAAAAGUAGGUCAUUACACUUAAAUCAAAUCGUGAUAUGUACCAGUGUCUGUAAAUCUUAAAACUACUUAAAAUUUAAUAUUUAAUAUUUAAAUUUAAACACAUAAUAGGUAAAAAUUAGCCUGAAUGGAUAAAUUAGCUUUGGAUAAAAGCGUCUGCUAAAUGCAUAAAUUUAAUUGAAUUUAAUUUUAAUUUAAUUUAUAAAUUUAAAUUUGAUUUCUUAUUCUUACAACUUCUCAGAACUGUUCUAAAAGAGUCACUUCAUGAGCCUUUGGCCGUUUUAUUUGAGAGAAACUAUAUCAUGUACAUUCAGAAGCUUAACAGGUAUUCACAGUAACCUUUCAAAAUAAAAGUUCGGUUUAACUUGUAGACAUUGUGCCAGAAAUAUAUUAACCUACUAUUUUUCAGUGUAAUGUACUAAUACUAAAAUUAAUUAGUUAAUAAAUUUUUUUAAGGAAUAAUCAUGUUUAAUUUUUCUGAUAACCAGAAGUAUUUAAAUACGCUACACAUAAUUUCUGAGGAAGGUUAUUGUAACAAUCAAUUUGAU